UAUUGUGUCGUUCCAAAAAGGAGUAAGAGGGAAACAACUCGAGGAGAGAACCGAAGACGGUGCUUCAGUGUAUGAUGAAAAGAAUUAUCAGGAUCAUCAGUUGGUUGCAUUCACGAAGUCUGUUCAGUUCUUUCACUCACACAUGGACUUUGUGAUGUUGUCGAACAGAAGCGGCAUUAUGGCUUCAGAAUUUCUCGUAGUUCGUACAAUGUGUUCGUUUGUUGGCUCAGGAUAGAUAACCCUGGUGUGUUCAAAUAGUGCGGAGGAAACGAAGGAACCUUAGAAAUGAGGCUGAUCAUCCUUGAAUAAUAUAUUUCCACAGCUUCUUCUGGCGAAUCUCAGUGUCAUCAUGAACCUCAAAAAAGCUCUCAGGGUCAAUCUUGGAUAUUGCGUCGCUCUGGUGAUCAUCUUCCUGGUCUUUCUUCACGUCUCUGUGGAUGUCGCAAGUGGACUGGAGAGGAAAACCAAAUUCUGGCUGUGCCUAACCCAAGUCACGAGAAAGAUGAUCGAUUGUUCUCAACAAAGGCAUCUGCCUUGCUGUCGGGUCAUACGACACAAUCGGCGAAAGUAUUCUCGAAACAUUCAUUCGGAUAAGAGCCCAAUAGAGUUUAUCGAACUCUUAAAAGAAAACACAACCACGACCCGAACUAGUGUGUUUACUCCUACCACUACUUCUACCAGCACAACUUUUAGCACAACCACCGCUACUUCAACCAUAACAACAAGUAUCGGGACAACAGCAAUCGAUAUUAUCACCAUUAGUCCUCCUACUAUCACUACUACUUUAGAAUUGUUAACAACUACUCCCCCUCAGCCUACAUUCUCACCGACAAAGUCAAAUUCAGCCUUUUGGGGUAACAAUGACCUUGGCACAACGAUUGUUUCUGGUGACGACUCCGUGCCCGAUAAAGACGACAUCCCAAAUGAAGCUCCCUUUAGACCAGAGCCCAAGCCUUUAAAAGUGAGCAAGGCCCAAUUCAAAGGGGGUCAUCGAAGAGGCAUUCCCAAGAACAAGCGCAAGAACUUCUAUCGACCCAAUCGCUAUUUCGGCCUCCAAUUCCACGAGGUCAAACCCCACGUGGGCUAUAAUCGAGCCUUGUGCAUGAAGAUCAAAGUACCUUGUCGCUUCGUGAAUGACCAUGCUUGUUGCCGCUUUCGCAUGCCCAUUGGCUUGGUGGCCCGUGCCCGGUCUAUGGAUGGCAGUGCAGACUUGAAAUGGCGAGGAUAUCCUUGGCCCGGGAGCCAACCCACAGGUCCAGAGGCAAGAAGUCUGUUUCCAGCUCCGGCUUCUCCCACUUCGAGCCAUGUGCAAUACUCGCAUGCCACCAAUAAACGCUUGGUGAGGAUUCCUGAAUAUCAUUAUAACGGUAGCCCGGAGGUGGCUUCUACGUUACUAGACAAUUGUUGGCGUCUUCAUUACGUGGAUUGUUCUGCGUCGAAAUUUCAAAGCCAUCCGUGCUGCAGAUUAGUCACCCAAGAAGAAAGUAAUCCCAUAAGCCCGAGUGACAACCGGCUUACAAGGUGGCUCAAGCUAAAAGAUGUGUCGUAAAUGUGUCAAAAAAAUGUUGCAUUCUAUGCAUAUGACGUGGACAUUAAAGCCACAAUCAAAUGGUUUUGUCGUCUCCGACAACAAGUAAAGCUUAGGAAAGUAGAUAAUGGAAUUAACAGGAUCCUGUUUGUUCGAGAUUUGAAGGAUAAGGAUAUUUUGGUGAAUUCAAUAGUCUCAUCAUUGGAAAUGCCCACUUUUUAUUAA